UUCUCCAUCUUAGUGUCUUCUCUAAAACUGGUGAGAUUGUUUCUGAGGGCUCAAUGAGCAUAGCCCACUUGGAACACCAUCAGGCGCAUACUGCUUGCUAGGUGUUCAGUAUUCAUUUUUAUUGAGUUAGGACUGUGGUAACCCACCUAAUGGCUCUUUAUUUUGUAUAACAAAGUCAUACUUAGAGGUUUGUUAGUAAAAGAGAAAAUCUAAAAGUCCCUGCCAUGGAAGGAAGAAACAGGAGAAAAGGAAGUUGGUAAGUUUCAGCACUUUAGAGCUUGGAAGGACAAGUUAGGUUUCUAUUUUCUAAAGAAGAAGGUGGAGGCAGGAUGGGUUCUAAGGUAUUCAAAACACACAGUCAUAACUCUUUUGUGAGAGUAGAGCUAGGGCCCCAGGGAUUGCUGUGGACAAGUUGCAGGCAAAAACUACCACUCAUUGAAAGACAGGAGAGGAAUAUUUCAGGUUUAUCUACAUUUAGUCAACAAAUAAAAGUUCAACUUGGUUGCUAAUGGGAGCCACUCUGCUAACUGCCACUUUGUAUAGAACUCCUAGAGGAAAAUGACUUCCAGUAACAAGCCACCCUGUUUUUAGGACUAAAAAGCUCAGGAAGCUGGUGGGUGAUGAAUGAAAACCUUAGUUCUACUGGCACUGAAGGAGGGGUCAGGAGAGCAGUGGCAUCAUAAGCCACAGGGUGGGGCAGCUCGGGCAGUGGGGGAGAGGUGGCAGCCAGGGUGAGGCAUUGUGAGGUGUGUGGCAGGGCUCUGUGAAUCACAUGCCUGGGCUUCCACCUGGGCCAGUGGGCUUCAGUCUGUAGGUGACUGCAGGAGGAGGAGCUCCUUUUGUACUCUUCAGGCAGUUGUAUCACUCAGCGCUUGUUGGGUUCCCAACCUAUUAAAUUAGCUGUUUUUGACCCUCCCAGACAAGUCAACUUAGGAGAGGCAGCAGGGUGCGGGCCUCAGCCCGAGCCCCAGCUGGGGCCGGGCUGUGGGGUGGGCAGGUGAGCAGCGGGCAAGACCAUCUCUGAAAGUGUGGCAUAGCCUCAGCCUAGGGCAGCAGGAGUGCCUGGCCAACACUGUGAGCGGAGGCACAGGUGGCAGCAGACAGGAGUAGAGGUUCCCCAUGGGGAACAUACUGUGCUGCUGUGUGUGCCCCAAGUCGGACGAUGAUGAGGUGUCAGGGUGUCCUCCAGAGUCAAAAAUCUGUGAAGCAACAGCUGGACACGACAGCAGCAGCACCCACUGCUGCUGCCAUAGAACCUGCCGAGUUGACUGUUGAAGUUGGUGAGGACCUUCCUGUGCAUGACAUCUGUGAUGGGGAGAUGCCUGAAGAUAAAGCUUUGGAGUCCGACCCUUCUGAUCAUCCAGAAGGAAAGAAAUAUCUAGCAGAUGAUAGGGCUUUGGAGUCCAACCCUUCUGAAACGAGGAAAUCCCAAACAGCACAAGAAAUAGGAGAAAACAGCUGUAGAAACCAUAUAUAUAUGGAUCAUUUUUCUUUGAAAUUCAGUUCAUGCUCGACAAUUUUCUUUGAAGACAGCACAGCCAGCUGCCCUCAUUUUGAAACGACACUAAAAUCUGUCGCCUUGGACUUAUAUUUUAUUAUCAAGAAAAGAGAAGGAUAUAUGUCUUUCAAAGUAUUUGAUGAACAUGCAUACACAUUGGAAUACAGAACAGAAUUAUACAUUGUAUAUGAUCCUUCAGAGAAAAUGAUUUACAAAUUUAUUCGUACCCUGUUUUAUGUAAAAAAGCUAAAGGUUGCUGAUGCCAUCAUAACUAUGGUGUACAUCCAAAGACUUAUACGGUGUGCUCAUGUCUACAUUUGUUCAACCACCUGGAGGAGGAUUAUCCUCGGAGCCGUUCUUGUUGUCAUCAAGGUUGGGAGCAAUGUGGCUGUGUGCAAUAAGGACUUAUGCAGGCACUUUGAGGAAACUACAGUUGACGAUCUGAAUAAGUUGGAAACAUACUUCUUGGAGCUAAUUAAUUAUGAUACUAACGUUUCUAAAAGCGUUUAUACCAGAUGCUACUUCCGUCUUCGUGACCUUGUAUUGAGGUAUGGCCUGAGUUCGCCUACUUACCUUCUUGACAGAAAAAGAGCAUGGGAUCUGCAGGCUUUAUCAAGGAUGGAACAAGACGAAGUGUUCUAUACUGGCAUGACCAGGUCUGUGAGCGUUGAUGACGUAACUACUCUUCAGCGCACCAGGGCCAUCCUCUCCUGAAGGAAGAAAUGAGGGGCCAUGUAACAUCUGAACCCCUCACCAAAAAAGACAGGAAAAUACCACCUCUCCUGCUAAAUAACUAGAAAAGUUUGUAUUUUCAAAAGAAGAAAUACCUCAAUUCAAGUUAACUCAAAGACAACUAAGAUUGCCCUUUAUAAUAAAGAAUGGGACCUUGUCAGGGCAACAACACAGUCUUCACUCUUCUGUCCCUUUUAAUGUAAACAGUUACAGAAACCACUUUAAAGCGAAGGCUCCUUCUGCCCACUCACAGAUACUUGCUUAGUGUGUCGGCUGAUAGCUGUGAAUGGUGUCAGGCUUUUUUUUUGUUUUCAGAUGAGUCUGUUGCCAGGCUAGGGGGCAGUGGUGUGAUCUCAGCUCAAUUUCUACCUCCUGGGUCCAAGCCAUUCUCCUGCCUCAGCCUCCCUCCUUAAAUAAAUGUUUUAUUUUAAGUAGCUGGGAUUACAGGGGCACCCGACCUGUGUAAGGCUUUUAAAACAAUGAUUUAAAUUUUUUAGAUUUUAAAAGAUAACUUUUUUUCUUUUUUUUUUUUUUUGAGACGGAAUUUCGCUCUUGUUACCCAGGCUGGAGUGCAAUGGCGCAAUCUCGGCUCACCGCAACCUCCGCCUCCUGAGUUCAGGCAAUUCUCCUGCCUCAGCCUCCCGAGUAGCUGGGAUUACAGGCACGCACCACCGUGCCCAGCUAAUUUUUUGUAUUUUUAGUAGAGACGGGGUUUCACCAUGUUGACCAGGAUGGUCCCGAUCUGCUGACCUCGUGAUCCACCCGCCUCGGCCUCCCAAAGUGCUGGGAUUACAGGCUUGAGCCACCGCGCCCGGCCAACUUUUUUGUUUCUAAAAUAAUAUUUUUUCUUUCCCCCCAAAUUGCAGUAUUAGUAUUCAGACAUGUCAAAGGAGUUCAUGAAUAGCACAGUCUUUUCUUCCUGAGGGUCCUCCCCUUCAGGUGUCCCAGCCUGCUUGCAGCAGCCAUAGACGGGGCCUUUAUACUGAGAGAAGCUACAGAGUGCUGGAAAGCUGGGAAUACACAGGCAGACAUGAUCAGAGUUGAGAAUAGGAGGCGGGUUGUGAUGUCCUCUGUGAGGGAAUAAUUAUUAUUGUCCUGUGGCUGUUUCUAGAUAUUGCCAAAUAAAUUCAGAUGUAGGUAAGACGUGACUAUUCUAAAGGAGUAUUACAAUGGGGAAAUCAAGCAUCAGAUCUGCAAGCAUCUCAUAAAAUGCAGAAAAGGGCUGUGUUUUUUAUGGAGGAGCAAACAAGAUUAGAAGGAAGGUGGAAGAGUGGAGAGUGGCAAAAUCAGAUUCAAGCUCAGGGAAUGUGUCAGCCAGAAGUCAGCCUGUUCUUAGGGGCAUAAACGGGGUUUGUAUGUUGGCUCAGACUGAAGGCAGAGCACAGUCCAGGAGCUGGGGAAAGGAGAGAAACUUAAGCAAAGUUGUGAUGGAAUUCCUGGAACCCAAAAGGCAAAGGUUGCAGUGAGCCAAGAUUGCACCAGUGCAGUCCAGCAUGAGAGACUCUGUCGUAUAAGUAAAUAAAUAUUUUAAAUAAAGUCUGGUUUUAACCAA